AUGCCCAAUCCAAGGGCCUCGACCGAUGAGGAGACCGCUCCUCUCCUCGAUGAUGACCGAAGACGAAACGACUCUUUCUUCUCAGCCCUAUUGCAUCCCGCAAGGCCCUUGACGAACCUCGAGAAGAUUCUUGCUGCGGGAUCUGUUCUCCUGCUGAUCCUGACGGCAACCUUUGUCGGUCUCUUUGCCGGUGCCGAAUCUGCUCUCAAGAACCGUCCGGGCAGUGGCGGCCCUGGAGAGGUUGUCACCAUCACGACGACGGCUCAUAUCACGGCAACUAGCGGACAUGCUCCCAGUCCAACCGGGACGCCCUCCACCGGUGUCUGCCUGUCAGCCGAAUGCAUCAUGCUCUCAUCUACCAUUCUGCAAUCAUUGAACACGAGCGCGGACCCUUGCGAGAACUUUGUUGAAUUUGCCACUGGUGGAUGGAAAGCCUCCCACACGCUUCCUGAUGAUAAGGCUCUCAUCGGCACCUUCAUGGAAGUGGACGAGAACAAUAAGGCAAAGAUCAUCAGCGCUAUCCCGAGCAAGCUCCAAGACUCUGCCGAUGUGCAUCAGCAGAACCUCCACAAGUUGAAAUCAGCUUACGAGAGCUGCAUGGAUCUGGACAAACUAAGCGAAGUCGGCAUCGGCCCCUUAAUCAGUCUUACGGACAAGAUUUUAGAUAUGAGUGGACCCUUUGACACAUCUUCCAGUGAUGACGCCGAACUCUUCAACCCUGCGGAAGAAUGGCGCGGGGAGUGGCGUGAGGACUAUGUGGUCCCCGAUCAUCUGCUUGAAAGACUGGAGAGACAUGAGCUGGCCAAGCAUCUUGGCACUGCUCGUAUUCUUCACCAUGACCAUCCCGCCGAGUUGCCAUCUGAGGACAGUAAGAUCCCGGUCGACGCAGAGCGUCGAGCAAAGAUCACCAAAACGCUCGCUUGGCUCAACUCAAGGGGGGCUUCUGGGUUGGUAGAGUUCCAGAUCGAAGGCGACUCCGGUGGGGAUGACCCACAAAUGCAAAGUCUGGGUCUUUACCAAGCUUCUGGAGGUCUGCCGACAAAGGAGUACUAUGAGGAAAAGGCCAUCAUGGAUCUCUAUCACACUGUUGUCAAGGACAUCUUGAUCGACGUUGCCUCUCACACCCACCAAUCGUCGAAACGCGAUCUAACCGAGCAUCUUAUUGAAGCAAUCGCGCUCAAAGGCGAAGAGGGAUGGCCUUGGCCUUGGCCAGGGAAGGGCGACGAGCCCGAUGAUGGUGGUCGACCUGGACGGGGAGGGUCGCCGCCUUCUUCCGAGCCAUUGGAAGAGCGAAUGGACCGGUUGGCGGCGAAGGUUGUCUCCUUCGAACGCGAGCUCAUGCGAGCUGGAGCCGACGUCGAGAAACUUUACAACCCGAAAUACGCAUACAACCCUUACUCCACUGAGAAAGUGGGCAAAGCUCUGCCCUUCUUGGAUAUCCCCGCGUACCUGUCUACCUUUGCUAUCCGCUCCUUCCCUGUCAAUAUCACUGUGACCUAUCCUCCUUAUCUCGAAUCAGUGACCCGUUUGGUGGAUGACGUGUCUGACGAUGUGCUAUCGGGAUACUUUGUCCUCCGUCUCGCACUCGAAUAUGCCCCGGCUUUGGGCUAUGACACGGGCGUCUGGACAGCCACAAGGCGGCUGAAAGAGGCCUUAUCGGGCUUGAAGAAGGGAACCAAGGAGAUCCGACAAGAAUUCUGCUUGCGACAGGUUGAUAGUAUUGUCGGAUAUAUUGCAGGCGCAGAGUAUGUCGCCAAAGCCUUUGGACCUGACGCGAGGGAGGAUGCUCAAAACAUCAUCGAUUCGAUCAUUCAGACCUUCCAUGAUCACAUCCCAGAUGUGCCGUGGAUGGAUAAAGAGUCUGCCAAGGCAGCUCAGCUCAAGGCUAAGUCGAUCCAACCUCGAAUCGGGUACGCAACGACGCCGGAUGUUGUGAACCCACAGAGUCUUGCCAACUGGUAUCGACAACUCAACGUGCAGGAUGAGGACUUUUUCGGCACCUAUCUAUCUGCCCAAUUACUCCAGCAAUCCAGGACAUGGCAGACCUUAGGCAGACGAAGAGAUAACGGUACAUGGAUCAUGUCGCCCCAGACGGUCAACGCAUACUACUCUCCCCCGGACAGCGAGAUCACCUUUCCCGCAGGUAUUCUCCAGCCCCCUUUCUACUCAAAGACUUUCCCACCUCACAUGAAAUACGGCGCCUUUGGAGCCGUCGCUGCGCACGAGUUGGGACACGCAUUCGAUAACACUGGCGCCCAGUAUGAUGAGCGAGGUCGAUUGAGGGAUUGGUGGACCAAAGAGACGGUCGACGCUUUCAAUGAAAGGGCUCAAUGUCUGGCAAGACAGUACAGCAAAUACUAUAUCCUCGAUGCUGAGGGCAAUAAGGUCUACGUCAAUGGAAACCUCACAAAUGGCGAGAAUAUUGGAGACGCUGGUCUCUCACAAGCCUUUGCUGCUUGGAAGAAGAGCGUCGCAACAAAGUCUGAAGACACUCAAAAACUCCCAGGACUAGACUUCACGGACGAACAACUCUUCUUCAUUGCAUUUGGACGAGUUUGGGCCGACGUCAUUCGGCCUGCCACUGCUGUCCAGCGUGUUAGGUCGGAUCCCCACUCGCCCAAUAUCUGGCGAGCCCUGGGUACCUUGCGAAACUCUGCAGAAUUCCAUAAAGCUUUCGGUUGCAAGAGUGGAUCGUUUAUGAACCCUCCGAAAGACGAGCAGUGUCAGUUGUGGUCGUAA